CAUAGGGUCUAUUGCCCCUCCAGGGAUCAGCAGUGCUGGGCUGGAGAUCAUGUGGCCUGUAGGUCCCAAGAGGGGCUGCAUUUGGUCACUCUUAAUUGCCUCCAGUACUUUGAGGCUGUGGGUCCCAGUGAGGUAGGGGCAGCAGAGCUCACUCCAGCUCCCACACUCGUCUCCCCAGUUGUUCCUGGCAGCCAUGAGCUCGUCUCCCCAGUUGUUCCUGGCAGCCAUGAGCUCGUUGCCAGUGGCCAGAGGAGGAGAGAGAACAGCAGCACUGACCCAGUAGGGAUGACCCAGCAGUUGCAAGUGGCGUGGAUGAGGACAAGUAGCCCAUCCUGGAUGCUCAGGCCCCCACCUUGGCCACACACCAAACAACGCUGCAUGUUCUUUGAAACAUGAACACUCUGAUCUCUCGGCUUUGAAGAUAAGAAUCUCCCAUCCCAAACCGGACACUGCCCACAGGUAGCCGAGAAGAAAGCCAAAGGGAGUGAAUGAUUAGCAGAGCUGGCAGACAGUCCUGAGCCUGUGGGCAUUGAGUGCCUGGGAAGCUGUUUCCUAAGGAAAACUCACCUUGACCAUGGAGCCUGUGGAGGUCUUUCAUGGCCUGGCUGCUCCAUGGAAGGCCUUUCUCGUCGUCGUCAUCAUCAUCAUCAUCAUCAUCAUCAUCAUCAUCAUCAUCAUCAGAAAAUGAUUGCAGCUCACCUUUGCUGCAAGGCGGAAAUACAUCAGAGGAAGAGAGAAAGCUGCCGGAGUGUUACUCGACAGAAAGCCAGAGGCUGGGGGCUCCAGCAGAACCAGGCACAAGAGAUAAUCUGUUCUACCAAUCUCAUAAUUCUGCUGGAGGAUGAAAUCUUUGCUGAUUUUUUCAACACGUUUCUUUCUCUCCCGGUCUUUGGUCAGACGCCAUUUUAUACAGUUGAAAAUGCACAGUGGAGCUUGUGGCCAGAAAUACCUCAUGACUUGAUUCCAAAGUACAAAGGAUUAUUGACCUGGCUGGGAAAAUACCGGUUACCUUUCUUCUGUAAAACCAACUUGUGUUUCCAUUACAUUCUUUGUCAAGAGCUCAUCAGUUUCAUUAAUUCCCCAGAAGGAGCCAAGAUGAUGAGAUGGAAAAAGGCAGACCAGUGGCUACUCCAGAAAUGCAUUGGCGGGGUCAGAGGGAUGUGGCGCUUCUGUACCUACCUCAAGGGCAGUGCAGGUGAAGAGCUGGUGGAUUUCUGGAUCCUUGCUGAGAAGAUCCUGGGCAUAGAUGAGAUGGACUUGGAAUUGAGAGACCACUACCUAUCUCUCCUCCUUGUGCUGAAGGCCACCCAUCUUCAGGAGGGCUCACGGGUAGUGACCCUCUGCAACAUGAACAUCAAGUCUCUCUUGAACCUUUCCAUCUGGCAUCCCAACCAGUCAACCACCAGGCGGGAGAUCUUGAGCAACAUGCAGAAAGUGGCUUUGUUCAAACUCCAGAGCUAUUGGCUUCCCAACUUUCACACCCAUGCCAAGACCAUCAUAGCUAAGGAGGAGUCAUGCCAGCAUCUGAUGCAAGAGUAUGAGACCCGCCAGUGCAGUCUUUGCUGUACCCAUGCAGGAGAGCUCCCUCUGAACAUGAGCAUCAAGAAGUCCUGCCACCCCCAGAGGCGGUACUCGAGCAGGAAGAUCAAAGGGAAGAUGUGGCAGUUGAUAGAUCAUGCCUCGUGGUCUCUAGAAUUGGAUACCAAGCCAGGCGACAAUUCCACGUCCUCCCAGGAGAUCUGUCCUCAGGAGAAAGUGGUUGUACACAUGCCUUCCCUGAAAAAGGCCUCUUCAAAGGAGGGAAUAAGCGGUUCCCUGGAAAAGGACAGUCUCCGUGCCAGGAAGUCCAACAUGAAGAAGAAAGCCAAGAGCCAUCUCCACAUGGAGGGCCUCUUUGAGACAAAGAUCUCUACCCACCUGAGGACGGCCACCCCCAUCAUCCGUCACUCCCCCCGUUUGACAAUCAAGGGGGCCAUCAAGAAAAGACUCUCCUUGGGGUACACCCACUGGGCCUUGUGUGCUGAUGCCUUUGCAGGGAGUCCCUUCCGGGACCACCUGAAGAAGCUGAAUUUGAAAAUGGAGAUCCAACUCCUGGACCUCUGGCAGGACCUGCACCAUUUCCUCAAUGUCCUGAUGAAUAACAGGAAGACUGGGAAUGCCAUCUUUUGGCACAUACUGGGCAACCGGAUCUGUGAGCUCUACCUGAAUGAACAGAUUGGUCCACGCUUACCACUCAAAUCCCAAACCAUUGAAGGUCUGAAGGAGCUGCUGCCUUCUGGGAAUAUGAACCCCUGGAUACCCAAAGCCCAGGAGGAGAUUUGCCAGAUGCUCAGCUCCUGGUAUGAUGAAUUCCUGAAUGAAGAGGACUCCUUGUUUCUCACUUAUGCAACUCAGACCAGUGUCAACCACACGAGGAGGCAUAAGAAAGACGCUAUAAGCAAACAAGAGAACAUUCUUCUUUAUAAGAGAUUGGAGGAGUCCCUGGCAUUAAGCCAGGGUCUGGCUAACAUGGAGGAAAUGGAUUCUGUGCAGUGGAGAAAACUAGCGACUGAGGACCUGAGACAUGACGGGUCUCUCCGGGUGGAGCUGAAGUCUCCAGUGUUUCUGACAGAUAUAGAGAAAAUGUCCUUUGAGGAACUCUGCUACAAGUAUCCAAAGGUGGCCAUAGAGAAGAUAAGUGAGGACUACAAAAUAUAUUGUGAAAAAGCACCUACUAGUAAGAUGGAUUACCAGUAUAAAGUCUAUCGUCAGAUUACCAGAGAAUCAAGGACACAUUCACCCCCACAUAAGGAAGCGUCCUUAAAAAAGAUUCCUGUUGUAAGGAAGCCUUCACACAGACCCAGAAACCUGGCAGAAGUCUUUCGAAAUGUACAGCACUUGGAGUACUUCACGGAGUUCCUCAAAGAACGGAAGGCUGAGGGCCCAUUGCAAUUCCUGAUGGCAUUACAGAAGAUCAGUAUUGAGACAGAUGAACAGGUCUCCAAGUCUCUUGUUGAAAAUGUAAUGGAGACUUAUUUCUCUGACAUAGUCCCUGCUGAAGAAGUGCUGCAGUGUGAUGACCCUAUCAUCAGAGAAGUCUCUCAGAAGGGUCGUCUCAGCACAAACUCAUUGUUAAUCCUCCAGAGCUGUGUCAUGAAAUCUCUGGAAGAAAAGUGGUUUAAAGAAUACCAAGAGCUGUUCCCAGAUUUUCCUCAGGAAGUGCAAGCUCAAAUACGAACUGUGUAUAGGAAGCCCUCGAAGACUUCAUCAAUGCAAAUGCAGGAACCCCAGAAAAGAAUCUGGCCGAAAUUGGUCGGCUUUAUCAAGAGCUUUUGUAAGUACCGCAGAUGCAUGAACAAUGUCAACUUGCGCCAGGAAUUUGAAAAAUAUCUCCACCUGGAACUUAACAACAAGGAAAAUUACCCUGCAUCACCAAAUGUACCAGCACGCCCAUCCCCACAUCACUCAAAUGUCCGGAGUGCAGAGGAGAAUGGAGAUGUAAUCUUUAUGAAGCGCCGUAUAUUUGGCCACAGGGUUAUCACUGUCAACUUUGCCCUCAGUGAUUUAUAUUUCUUUUCUGAAAUGGAGAGAUUUAACGAUUUGGUGAGUUCAGCUCAUGUGCUUCAAGUCAGCUGGGCCUAUAACGAGAAUGACGUGAUCCUAAUGAAGUCCAAGAUUAACAUCAUCCUAAAGCUCUACCUGCAGUCCGAGGUCCCUCCGAGGCUGAGGGUGAACAUCACUGAGUCCCAGAGGGAUGCCAUCAUCUCUGCCAUUGCUGAGGGCCGCCUGGAUCGGAGCAUCUUCCACGGGGCCAUCAUAUCUCUCUUCCCCGUCAUUAUGUACUUCUGGAAAAGGUUUUGUUCCUGGAAGGUAACCCGCUCUUACUUCCAGAAGAAGGAGAGGAAGAGCAGGGACUCAAAAACGCCUUCUAAGUCUGUGGCCAAGUACUCUAUUUGGAGUGGAGGAGAACACGCCAUCUUAAGAUUCUCCUUGCUCAGAGGUAUCGAGUGGUUGCGGCCUCAGCAGCGAGAUGCAAUAGCAAGUUCAGUCCAGAAUUCUUCAUCGACGAGCAACCUGACCCAGACAGGACAUACCGUCUCCUCCAUGCAGCUGUUUCCUGUCUUAGGAAAAAAACCAUCUGGCAUCAAAAAGGAGAAGAAAUAAUCUAGUCGGGCCCCCCAACAGAGACGCAUCAUCUCUCAGAAGCUUCCUGACACUGACAGAACCUUUUCUGGUCAGAAAAGAAAUGCCCGGGCACCCUCUGCCCUGGAAAGAUCCGUGGGGUGACGUCAGUGGUCAUUCUGGAUGCUUGAAGAACUUUCUGGUUUUUCAGGAAGCUCAUACGACCCAUUCAGACCAAAGAGUGACAGAGGUAAAGGAAAACAAAACCAGAGAGACUGAGCGAGACCUGCCUUCCACCUUCAGGAGCCUUUUCAGUUUCGUGUGUCAGGGAGUGACACGAGAUCGCCCCUCUUUCUACCGAAGUAUGAAAAGACGUCUGUCCCUCAUUUUGAGUGCCUCCAACUGAUCCAAGUGUCACCCCAGAGGCGGGGGCAGCUUGUGUGCAGCUCGGGGUGCUCGUCCCCACCCCCACACCUCAACCGGGGCUGCAGAUCAUUAAUCAGAAUAAAGCAUGUCCACAUUCACAGUC